AUGAUCAAUACAGGGCAAAAGCCAUUUGAGUGCUCAGAAUGCGGAAAGAGGUUUAGUAGCAAGGACUACCUCAAGCAACACCAGAUGAUCCAUACAGGGGAAAAGCCAUUUGAGUGUUCUGAAUGUGGAAAGGACUUUAGAAGAAUUGGCUACCUCAAGGCACACCAGAAGAUCCAUUCAGGGGAAAAGCCAUUUGAGUGCUCUGAAUGUGGAAAGAGCUUUAGUCAAAUAUACAGCCUCAAGAGCCACCAGAUGAUCCAUACAGGGGAAAAGCCAUUAGAGUGCUCAGAAUGUGGAAAGAGCUUUAGUGAAAUACACAGACUCAAGAGCCACCAGAUGAUCCAUACAGGGGAAAAGCCAUUUGAGUGCUCUGAAUGUGGAAAGGGCUUUAGAAGAAUUGGCAACCUCAAGGUACACCAGAUGAUCCAUUCAGGGGAAAAGCCAUUUGGGUGCUCUGAAUGUGGGAAGAGAUUUAGUCGAAUAUGCAGCCUCAAGAGCCACCAGGUUAUCCAUAAAGGGGAAAAGCCAUUUGAGUGCUCUGAAUGUGGGAAGAGAUUUAGUCGAAUAUGCAACCUCAAGGUACACCAGGUUAUCCAUUCAGGGGAAAAGCCAUAUCAGUGCUCUCACUGCAGAAGGAGCUUUAGCCGCAAGGCAGAUCUCAAGAAACACCAGAUGAUACAUACAGGAGAAAAGCCAUUUGUGUGCUCAGAAUGUGGAAAGCGCUUUAAUCAAAUAUACAGCCUCAAGAGCCACCAGAUGAUCCAUACAGGGCAAAAGCCAUUUGAGUGCUCAGAAUGCAGAAAGGGCUUUAGUCAAAUAAGUGGCCUAAAGAGACACCAGAGGAUCCAUUUAGAGGGAAAGCCAUAUCAGUGCUCAGAAUGUGGAAAGAGAUUUAGUAGCAAGGACUACUUCAUGAAACACCAGAUGCUCCAUUCAGGUGAAAUCCCAGGACACAACAGAUGA